AUGCCGGAACAACCUUCCGCACCGCAAGCUCUCCUCGACAAUCAGACCUCAGAUCCAAUCGUCAAAACGGAGUCGGGCGACGUUCGGGGCAGUAUUGUUGACAAGGUCCAUGUGUUUAAAGGGGUGCCAUUUGCUGCACCGCCUUUCGGGCCCAACUACCUCCGUCCUCCGCAGCCGCCAGAACAUUGGACUGGCGUGCGCGACACGCUAAGCUUCGGGCCCAAGUGUCCGCAGGUCCCCUAUCCGCCGGGCAUCGCUGAGGGCCUCGCAGAGCUAGUCGGCACUGGUGAAGACUGCCUGACACUCAACGUCUGGACACCUAGCCUCGGCACCUCAGGACUGCCAGUAAUGGUUUGGAUUCCCGGUGGUAUGUUUGAAUUCCAUGCCACUGGUGCUGUAGCCUACUACGAUGGUAGUAGGUUUGCCCGCGACGGCGUUGUGUGUGUCACCAUUAAUUACCGGGUGGGUGCCCAAGGAUUUCUCUAUCUAGACAAUGGCACCCCCAACCUUGGCCUACUUGACCAAAUCGCCGCUCUCGAAUGGGUGCAGGAGAACAUAACCGCAUUCGGCGGAGACCCCAGCAAGGUCACUAUCUUCGGGGAGUCGGCUGGUGCCAUGAGUGUCGCCACGCUAAUGGCUAUCCCAAAAGCUAAGGGGCUGUUUCACCGAGCGAUUGUGCAAAGCGGAAGCAAUCCAAAGCUCAACUCAGUAGCAACAGCGAGGCGGAUCGCACGGCGAUUGGCAGAGAUCCUAGGCGUCGAGGCCAAAUGGGAUGUUAUUCAGGCGAUACCAUCUGAUCAGAUCCUUCAUGCUCAGGCCCAGCUGCGAGACGAACUGACCACGUGCCCUGACCCAGCUUUCUGGGGCGAAGUUGCGCUCAGCUUUAUCCCGUGGGCUCCCACUAUCGACGGGGAUAUUAUCCCGGUACAUCCAAUCGAUGCUAUCCGUGCUGGCGCUUCAACGGAUACUGACUUGCUCAUUGGCUCCAACACUGAGGAAACACGUCUUUUCUUAGUCCCAGACGGUUCCAUCGAUCGCAUUACGGAAGAGAUGUUAUCUAUGAUAGCAGGAAUGUACGGCUUGGCACCAGAGGGCCUCGACGCGUAUCGUGAGUUACAUCCGGGAGUUAGUACUGGUGAGCUCUUCUCAGCGAUCCAGACGGACUGGUUCUGGAGGAUUCCCGCCAUUCGCUUUGCCGACACCCAUGAAUUGGCGGCUCGAUCUUUGACCUACAUGUAUGAAUUCGCCUGGCAAUCGCCUCAGAUGGGCGGUCGCCUCGGCGCUUCACAUUCCUUGGAGAUACCCUUUGUCUUCGACACGCUCGGCCUCGGAACGGAGCCCCUUCUUGGCCCAGCUCCAAUGCAAGAGCUCGCUGACACCAUGCAUCGGGCCUGGGUCGCAUUUGCCACCACAGGAGAUGUCGGGUGGCCAAAAUAUGAUCCUAGACGCAGGUCAACUAUGCAUUUUGAUACGGCAUCGAGAACAGUGGACAACCCCCUUGAUAAGAAGCUUAAGAUCUGGGACAGCGUGCAUUAG